AAGAGAUGGAGUCUUGCUGUGUCACUCAGGCCAUCUCCGGCUGGCCUCAAGUUUCUGUGAUCUAGCAGUUCUCCUGCCCAGACUCCCAGAUAACUGAGAUGAUAGACAUGUGCCACCAUGCCCAGCUCAGUCAUCAGAUUUUUAUUAAGGACAAUGCCGAUAUGUUUCAAGGAGGGCACACAGUGAAGACCACUGCCAGGAUGAGGUGGAAUCUGAAAUGUGGCUGAAGACGUUGGUGGCUGUCAUUGAAAGUUUUAUUUUUCCUCUUGUCUUCCUCCUUUUAGAGCUAUGUGCCUUUUCCCUCAGUCUUUAUGCUUGGUUAAGUUAAACUCCUAACCCCCUUUUAGGUUUUUUGUCUUCUGACAAGGCUGGGGGAAUAACUUUAGCCAAGGAGUGAUGGAGACCUUUGAGGUCAGGCCGUGGAACUGACUGUGCUCCCUUCCUCCCCUCUGCACUCACUACUCAGAGGAUCGAUGAUGAUGCCAGCAUCCACGACAGGCUUCUCUGGGCAAUUCACCUCAGCGGCCUGGACGACCUGCUCCUCUUCCUGUCCAGCUCAUCUGCUGAGCAGCAGUGGAGUCUGCAUGUGCUAGAGAUUGUUUCCCUUAUGUUCCGUGACCAGAACCCUGAGCAGCUGGCUGGAGUAGGGCAGGGAUGCUUGGCUCAGGAGUGAAGCACAGAUGUGGCAGAACUGGAGGUUUUGCGCUACUGAGAGAUGGCGGAGAAGAAAACUCGAGCCCUCCAGCAAGGCAACAGCGAGGCAUUCUCGAUUUGGGGGCUCCUACAUUGUCCAAGGGUUGAAAUCCAUUGGAGAAAGGGACCUCAUCUUUCACAAAGGCCUUCACAAUCUCCGAAACUACAGUUCUGAUCUGGGAAAGCAGCCCAGGAAGGAGCCUAAACGUCGCCAGGCUGCCCAGGAGCUAUCCGUUCAGCAUCGAUCUGCCCUCAACGUGAGGCUCUUCCUUAGAGACUUCUGUUCUGAGUUCCUGGAGAACUGUUACAACAGGCUUAUGGGUGCUGUCAAGGUAAGAGCCUGGGAAGGACAUGGAGGCAAUUAGGGAUAGCGUAGAAAGACAGCCAGAGAGAUGAUGUGACCAGUGUUAGGUAAGAUGGGCAGCCUCCCAAGGAGUCCAAAGGAGGCUGACCUUGGAGGUGUGAACUGCAAAGGGAGUUGGGGGCUCCUGUGUGGGUUAUGAUGAAACAGGGUUCUGGGUAGGACUGGAGAGAUGGCUCAGCUAUUAAGAGCACUUACUAUUCUUGUAGAGAAUUA